AUGAAUGAUUCCACUGGUAUGACAAUCUCUCAAGACUCUGUGUACGGGUACUCAGACAAAGCUAGUCUGACGAUUCGAAUACGGUUGGUUGUUAUGCCAGUAAUUUUCAUUGUUGGCUUUUUAGGGAACACGCUCACUGCUUCUGUUUUCCUGGGGAAAUCCCUGCGAGAGAAGUCCUGCAGCAUCUACCUUGCAGUCAAAGCUAUCUCGGACAACGGUUUUCUUGUGUCUCUUCUAGUGGCAUGGCUGGACUUCGUCGAUGUUCGAAUCUUCCACACGCAAGUCGUGUGUCAUGUGACAUUGUAUCUUUCAUACGUCUGUGGAUUUGUGUCCGUCUGGUCUGUCGUGAUGGUGACCAUUGAAAACUACGUCAGAAUAUGUCGCCCCUCUGAUUCUCGAUCUCUUUGUAGCCGCUACAUCGCCAAACGGAUAACAAUUCUUGGAGUGGUUUUUGGUUGUAUGUUGUACAACUAUCCUCUGUGGACCAUGGACAUAUCCCCUCCACAACCACCACAACAAAGGUUUUGUCAUACGCUGCAUAAGUUUGAACGCUUUGAAGUAGUUAUGACGUACGUUGACACGAUUUUAACGCUCGUUAUCCCCCUCGUCAUCAUCAUUAUUCUCAUCUGCAUCAUCGCCGUCAGCUUGGUAGAUGCCGCGAAACGUCGCGAUCGUCUUCGGAAGACCUCGUCUUAUUCCAGUGUAAAUUCUACAAAAUCUAAAAUCCGCCCUGUAUCCACUUUACCACAUUCCAAAGUCACCAAAAUGUUGUUAAGCGUGUCACUUGUCUUCGUCUGUCUGCAUACUCCGAGCCAUGCAAUCAGAAUGAAGGCAACUUUGGAGAAUAUACUUGGACAAACAUCUGUGACAUCACACAUGGACAGAGUGUUGCAACAUUUCUUUCUGGUGCUUUACUACUUUAACUUUUCUAUAUACUUUUUUAUUUAUAUUUUAUGUGGACAAAAUUUUAGAAAAAUUUUGAAGAAGAAAGUGAAUCAGUUGUGCAAGAGAAAGGAACAUGUGGCUAGAACCUCGGACAGUGUUCUGAAUUAUCGAACCGUGGACAUUGAACUUGAGACAUCGAACAACACCUUAGAUAUGGACUAG